UUAAUUGAUUAAAAGCAGAGGGCAAACAAAUGGAAACAGUUUCCCAACAGCAGUCCAGUGCGGAGGUAGCACAGAAAAAUGUUUUUACAAUCGAUAUUGAUGAAUAUAUUGGCCAUUAUUUUGGCCUGCUGGAUGGGACACGUCACAGGCCAAUCAUCGGCAGAUGAUCAAGAACUUGAAAUCGGCUCAAAAGGGGAAGGACCACCGGAGAAGCAAGAGUUUCCCUGGGGUAAUGAGGACUACAAUCUUGAAAACAACUUCUAAGUUCCAGAAACACUUAUUAAAGAUAUUUCUACUUGUUUCAGUAAAUAUGUAAUAAAAACAUCUUGCUUUUUAUAAGUAAUGCUAUUA